AUGAGCCAAGAACAGCCGAGGAGGCCCGUGGAGGAUGAGCAGCAAAAGGGAGGAAGCCAAUACGGCGACAUUUAUCUCGAGCUUGCGGCCGAGAAGGCCGCAGACUCCGCCGUGCAGAGCCCCGUCGGUUUGAAGCUUAUUAAUUCGGAUCACUUCAGCAAUAAGGAGACUGAUCACUUGAGCAAUAAGGGGACGACUGAACAUUCCGAACGGCGAGUUGUUUUCGAGUUAGGCGGUGGACAGGGUACGAGUCAAAACUCGAGGCAUGUAGAUGAAAAGGAAAGGAAAAUCAGUGAAUUAGCUAAGGUUGUUGGGCAAUACAGCCAUAGAGGUCCUUUGUCUGCACCAACUCAACCUAUAGGAGGUACUGGUGGUCAAAUCACCAUUGGCGAAGCCUUGGAGGCGACCGCCAUGACGGCUGGACAGAAGCCGGUGGAGUGGAGUGAUGCUGCUGCAAUUCAAGCUGCCGAGGUUAGAGCCACUGGCCGGACCAACAUUGUACCUGGUGGUGUCGCAGCCGCAGCUCAAUCGGCAGCAACUCUCAAUGCUAGGGCUACGCGUGACGAGGACAAGACUAAACUCGCUGAUAUCCUUGCGGAUGCAACUUCAAAAUUACCGGCGGACAAACCGGCAACACGGCGGGAUGCUGAGGGCGUGACUGGUGCAGAAAUGCGAAAUGAUCCAUAUCUGACCACCCAUCCCACCGGUGUGGCAGCUUCCGUGGCGGCAGCUGCUAGGCUCAACCAGGGUAAUAGCAACGAAGGAACAAAGUAG